AUGCGAUCCUCGGCAUCCUAUGACUCUCGCUACCUUAUCAGCCCUACGCGCAAGCCCACACGUCCGGCGCGCCGACUGACGAAGCGAAACCUGCACUACUAUACACAACUGGCCAUGUCAUUCCGUGACGGCCAACGACGAUACGGCCAUGUGCCUCCGGUGCAGUAUCCUGUGGCUGGGCAAGCGCAGGAUAGGGAUGAUCAGACGGGCCUAGGACUCGGUCGACGCCCGAGCUUCAAUAGCGGAGACGAUAGAGCUCAUCACGCCCCGUUGCAAACCAGUGCUCCCACAUAUGAUGGUGCAGGCUAUGGACCGGCGGGAGGUGACGAGCUUUUCCUAGCCAGCCCCAGCUCUACGGCUUCGAGCACCAGGCCGCCAACCCGCGGCUCCACGAGUGCUGCCUUGUCUGGGUUCCAACACCAGUACCAAGACCCAGCCGCCUCGACGCCCCAGCAAACGAGUUACAAUCCUCAGAGCUUUGCUCAGCCAACCUCUCCUAUCUUUGCGAGAACACAGUCGACAAGCCUGCCGUACCGCCAAUCGCAACCAUCGCCUCAAUACCCAACGCAUCGAACUUCAUUUGCCCCGUCACCAACCAACUAUACCCCCCAAGCGUACAACCCGGCCGCUUACGCCAGUGCGACCUCCCCUCAACGGCAACCUACAUAUCAUGGGUACAACAACUACAAUCCACAGGAGCAGGCCUACGCCGGAGCCCCGGGCCCCUCCCACACGUCGCCAACGUCGGGGCAUGGCCAGUCUCCCUCCUUCGCCCACCCAGCGUCUUUUCCGCAUCCUGAACACGGACACCCGACCAAUGCGCCGCUCCCGAGGCGCCCUAUGGACACAGACCCGGGCUGGGACCGAGGGCCUGCCCAAAACAGCAGCUAUGACCAAGAUCAAGAGCAACUCAUGCACGACAUUGAGGUGGAACUAGGUGCUAUUGGUCCCAGAGGAGGCUCGAGGGGCUCAAGACCACCCUCACGACCCGCUAAUGGCUCGCACGAGGCACAGUUUUCCGAUGAUGGCAGCGAGCAUCUACGGCGGUACAACUCCUCCGCGACCACAUUGGCGCACUCCGCGAGCAUGGCUUCGACACGACGCCCGUAUGCGAACUCGGCAUUUGACGAGGACGACGAUGAUCCCGAGGGAACUGCCGGCGUCAUAGCUAUGCAGCAGGCUGAGCUUGACGAUCGACGCUUCAGUGGAGCAACUUUCACCUAUAAUAACGACUCUACUCCUCCAGCAAUGCCUUCAUCUGCAUCGACUCCUCUGCCCCCUCCCCCCGAAGAACAGGAUCGAAGCAGUAGCGGCGGGAGCGAGGUGGGCGGUGGCAUGGUGGAUUUGGGCAUGCUGAGCGGUGGAUACGCGGGCAAUCUCACGUACGGAGAUGUGGGAUCACCCCCGUCGGACACGAACAGCAGCCGCCCUUUGCCUUCACCGAACUAUUUCGAUAACCAAUACGACAGCCGCAAACCAGAGCCUAACUACAGUGGCGCUAUUAUGGACUAUGGGGGGACAGGUGGACUCCAGUCGCCGAGAGAGCCCCGGCUCAGCUUUGACGAGGGUGAUGAGCGGGUGUCUCUUCAUUCAAAACAAAGCGGUGACUCGGGCGGGCCGGAAGAGUAUCAAGACCUCUUCUACCACCCUGGCUUGUCUAACCGACCCUUGCCCAUAGUUCCGCGUCGCGGCGCCGGAUCUGACAGUAGCUCCAUGCUCUCAGUCAAUACCAACAAUCGCGGACAUUUGCAGCACACAUACUCUACAAGCGCCGACUUGCGGUACCAUUCUCAUGACAAUCCCGAGGCCUUGUACGACACCACGACACCGGGCUCGUUGCAGCCAGAGCGAUCCAUUUCUCUCGUGGGCCACAGCAACACGCCGCAGGUCUACACACCCGCUAGAUCUAGGACAGACGCUGCCGAGGAACGCAGGAAGUUCAAUCGCCAUCAGCACAUUGCGCCCAACACAGGGCCGCCCUCCAUCGAUUAUGAUGCUGGUAGUGUUGGCGCAUUUGAUGGCAUUACUCUGCCCACUGGCCGCAAGCGGCGGUUCGUGCCCUCGAAGCUGAGCUCUGGAGACUUCCGACGAUGUUCGGAGCCAUGGGCGCUCAGCAAUGUCGAGGCCUGGAUCCGGGACAUGGCCGACGGGGAGGUGGACUUGAGGAGGAAAGCCGUGGAAGAAGGCUUGGUACUUCUCUUCACCUUCAAAAUUCCUACAAUGAACGUCGCCGAUGCAGAAGUUCUGAGCAGUCGCAUCGUGUCUCUCAUGCUCGAUGCUCAACUUCUCCUACCCGAGGAGGAAUGGGUCAAGUUUGGCGACGGACACAUCUCUGGAGUCUUGUGGCAACUCACAGGGUCAGGCUGCUACGCCCCGAGGCUACACGAGCUCGAUAUACCCGGACGCUGUUAUUCUACCCACUGUACCAGGACCGUCAAAAAGAUUGACCUAGACGAACUUGAUCCCGAGCAGAGCAGAGGCCAAGAGUGGCACGUUUUCUAUGGCCUCACGAAAGAGGACAUUGAGAGCAGGGACAAGAAAGAAGUCGAACGUCAAAACGUUCUGCAUGAGAUUGUGACGGGAGAAGAGAAUUACAUCAAGCAGCUCGAAUUCUUCCGUCUCGAGUAUCGAGACGACAUGCGUACCAGGAGACCACCACUCAUUCCGCCCGAGCGACAAGAGAAAUUCUUCAAUUCAAUCUUUGGCAAGUUGGAAUCGGUACUCACUAUCAACAAGGACAACCUUCUGGCGCAACUCAAGUAUCGCCAACAAAGCCAAGGCCCUUGGAUCGUGGGGUUCAGUGAUAUCCUGCGUGAGUGGAUUCGGAAGGCCCGCACCCACUAUGUCGAAUACGCCUUUGGCUAUCCCCGUGCUGAAUACAUGAUUCGCAACGAAAGGGACAGGAACCUCACUUUCAGAAAGUUCACCGAUGACAAGGUGAAACUCAAGUCUUCUGGCAAGCACGACUGGGCUCACUUUUUGAUCGCGCCGAUCACGCGACUUCAGCGUUACGUGCUCCUUCUGGAGAGUGUCGACAAACUGAUGAAAACCGAGAGCGAGGAGAAGACCAACCUACGAAAAGCCAUGGCCGAAAUCAAGGCCGUUGCGCUGGAAUGUGAUGCCAAGGUUGACGAGACCAACAAGCGGGUAGAAAUGAUGCAGUUGGACCGGAUGCUAGUUCUCAGGCCAUCCUUUGAGACGUCCCUCAACCUCGAUCAUUUAGGCCGUCAAUUGCUAAUGCAGGGAGAGCUUACGCGGCUGGGCUCCAAAGGUGUACGCUGGGUAGAUAUGCAUGCGUUACUGUUUGAUCAUUGCUUGAUCCUGGCCAAGACAGUCUAUACGCACACCAAAGAAAAGAAGUACGAUGUUUCGAAAGAGCCAAUCUUCAUGCCCCUGCUCUUUCUGGAGAGUGUGAACGACGAGCCCAUCCAGAGACAAAAGGGUAUCACGACACCCUUGGGCCGGACGACCACGUCAUCUGCAUCAGGCAAUCAGAUGACGAAGGUGGCUACGAACAACAGUGGCAAGCCCGUACUUGAGCAUGCUAGCACCAGCUCAUCUCUAGGCACAUUGGCGCCAGCUGGAUCUGGCGAUGGCGAUGGCCGCAUCCUGUAUCCCUUCAGACUCAAGCACUUAGGACAUGAAGUGUAUGUGCUGUAUGCUUCAUCGGCAAGAGAUCGGAUGGAGUGGUGCCAGAAGCUCAUCGAAGCCAAGACGAACCAUGCAAAGGCCCUCCAUGAGCAGAACGCAGAGCCCUUCCGUUUGCGUGUUUUGGCCGAUGCCGCCUUCAACUACGAGAGCUCGCUUCUUGCCCGGACACCCCCUGUGGCCGUCAAGGGUACACCACUAGACCGCGCCAUCCAAGAUCUUGAGGGUGUGCUUGGCUCAGCGCAAGGCAUAGCGCCCGUUUGUCGGGCGCAAGUCAACUGCGCUACUGGCUUCUCGGCAUUCGGCAAACCCGUGAUUGCCAUUGGAACAGACUUUGGUGUUUACAUUUCCGACCCGUCUAACCCUCGUGGGUGGGUUAGAACGGUCCAGGCGACCCGCGUUACUCAAAUUGCGGUGCUGGAGGAGUUCCAGGUGUGCCUUCUGAUUUCCGAGCGCUCCCUCAUAUCCUUCCCACUCGAUGUGGUAGCACCAGUGUCAGAAUUCGCGCCUCCAAGCAACGACAGCACUCGCCGAGCGCCGCAGAGACUGGCAAAGGAUGUCACGUACUUUGCCACUGGACGAAUGAAGGACCGCACGCUGGUAUUCUACAAGAAGAAAGAGGGCCUCCACACAACGUUCAAAGUUCUGGAGCCCAUCUACCACAAGGCCACGGAGAAGAAGCGCUUCUUCGGCGGGCGUAAGGGCGGCCUUGGCAGCACGGAAACCUUCCGAGACUUUGACGACUUCUUUUUCCCGACCGAAUGCUACUCGCUGAGCUUGUUCCAGACAUAUAUUGCUGUGGCAACGUCCAAGGGCAUUGAGAUGCUGACGCUGGAUAAGAAACAGCCCAUGUCGAUUCCAGAUCUCAAGGGCCCAGCCAUUGCGAACAUCGCCAACCGCAUCUCCAAUCAAAGACCUCUGGGUAUGUUCCGGCUGAACGAGAACGAAUUCAUUGUCACAUAUGAAGACUGCGCUGCAUACGUCGAUAAGCACGGCGAGAUCAGUCGCACCCUGAUUAUGGAAUAUGCGGGUAAACAGAAAAAGGCCCGCGGUGCAACCAUGUAUGGCCAAUACCUCCUACUCUUCAACGAGGAUUAUGUCGAGGUCCGCAAUGCGGAGAAUGGCAGAUUGCGCCAGAUUAUUGCCGGCAAGGAUGUACGCGUUCUGGACUACGGUAUCAGAGGGCCAACGGGCAACAGCGCUGCCGCCGCCAGCCACACGCAGGGGCGCAAUGGACACUUGCCCAACGUGGGCGAUGCGUCCAAGGGCACGGUCAAGAUUGCCAUGUGCCACCCCGAAUUGCCAGGCAGGCAAAUUGUGCUGGAGAUGCUCCUGAAUGAGGGGCACACUGAUUCAUGA